AUGGCAGAUAGUAAUUUACCAUCACUAAAACGGAAAUCGUUACAAGAAGACACAGACACGGUCUCUAAGAAAGCUCUUGAGCGUCGUUUACAAUCACUUCAAGAGCAAUUCGACAAAUUGCGAGCAGAAGAGGAAAGUUUAAGAAGUCGAUUACAAGGAAAUGUGAAUAUUCAAAAGGCUUUGGAUGAUCACUAUCGUCUUAUACACGAAUAUAAUGCAAUCAAAGAUAUUGGUCAAAUGCUAUUUGGAAAGUGUGCUGAACUCGAUGGUACAACAACAAAAGAAAUGUAUGAACGGUUUGGUUUGGAACUUGACGACUGA